AUGGAUGAAGGGCGAAACAUGUGCCUGGUGUUUCCGGAGCUGAUAGAUCUCGGUCACACGGAAGAGGAGCAUUCAACGCGGCGGAAGGUCUUUGACAUCAACAGACGUCUGGUGGAGGUUCACGACGGGAAGCCGAAGUGGUCGGAACUCGACGAGCAGAGCGACAGGCUGGAUGAUGAUGGCCACACGCUGGGCGAGUCAAGCAGCUGA